CUUAAGAGUGCGAGGGCUGUUGCUGAAUCCAGGGUUUCUGGUAGUCGCACUUUACAGUUUCACUAACACCCCAGCUGUCCAACAUUCUCUUGUCGCUGUUUCCGCUUCAGCUUAGUCUACCCUUAUCGCACACUGUUGCUGUGAAGAUGCUCCACGAAACGUGCGUGCUUGUGCUUGGCCUUGUGGCUGCUGCGUCUGCGUUGGAGUCGACCUAUACAGGACCGAUGUUCAACCCCUCAGAGGCACCGUACUUUGACUACAGCUCUCUCGUCAUCCCAACACAGACCACCCUUCCUGCCAUCCAACCCACGGCCGAGUUCAGCAUGGCGACCACAAUAUCUGGAAUCAUACUGCCAACCACACCGCUUUCGCGUUCUUCCACACUUGUGUCCCAAGCUUCCAGUCACUCUUCGAGCCAUUCGGUUUCGUCCACAGCAUCAGUAAGCUCAUCGGUAUCUUCGAGUGCAUCAAGGAACUCCGCAGCUACCUCGGCAUCGACAUCUGCUCCUGCACAGCAGAGCACUGCCGCUGCCGUUGCGAACCGUGCCGGCGUCGUGGGUGUUGUUGCUGGAGGAUUGCUCGCCGGGCUGGUACUGGCUUGAACUGGAGGGAACUGCUCUUGUGAGGUGGAUGAAUAGCAUGGAGUACCGGAAUGGAAUAAUCAAUUGUGCAUGAGAUCAAAAUCGGCUGCGAAGGGGAUACUCAAUAUGCCACAUCAAAUUGAACGACGGACGUAGGAAAGGCGUCAACCAAAUUUGUGUAUAUAGUUCAAUUCGACUUAAAAGCUUGCCCUUUAAUAAUAAUAUGCAACACGUGCG